CUCUGAUCUAUAUACUCCAACAGAUGAGUCAGAACUCUCCAGAUGUUCCAUAUUUCUAAUACUGUUUCACCUGGAGAAAGCCGACAGUAUCAUUCUGUCCUCAAAACAUUAAAUGGAGGACAAUGGGGCGAAUGGGGGCCCAUUGUGUUAUGUCGUGAAGGAUAUGCAAACGGAUUCUCACUGAAGCCUUCCUACAAGCUCCUUUUCAGACACCUCAAUGUUAAGGUUGGCAUGAUUAGAAUCCUAGGUUGCAGCAACAGCUUUAUCAUAAUCUCUUUUUCUGUUCUUAAUCAGAUACAUGUACAUCAAGGUGCUGAACCUUGGCAGGAUGAUAUGGCCCUCAAUGGUGUCCGUCUCCACUGCACCACAGGUGCAGUAAUUGAGUCUUUAUCUGGACCACAAACAUACCACGUGGAAAAUACAGCAGCCAACAACAUCUUAUUCAUGUGUGAAAAUGGGAGGCGCCUGGAGGACUACAAUGGACUACAAUGGGGUGUUUUUGGUGGAUGGAGGAGGUGCUCUGUUGGUUCCAUAUGUGGGAUCCAAACAAAGGUACAGCCUGAUCAGGGUGAUGGUGAUGAUACAUCACUUAAUGAUGUUAGGCUUUUCUGCUGUGAGAGAACCAUAAAUGUUUCAUCCUGCUACAACAUAGCUGUAUGGGCUUGCUCGCCUGCCCGCCCACCCGCCAUGCUGAAGCCACCGCCGCCACCGCCGCUCCUGCUGCGGUCAGCAAGCGGUAGCCGCCCUGGGGACAGUGAGCUGGGCCAGCAGUUCCGGGACUGGUGCCUUGGUGACUCAGCCAAGACCAAGAUGGUGACCCGGAGCAAAUGUGGGGCCCCCCAACUAAGCUUUUGCCCCAGGCCCCGCACAUGCUAA